AUGAGAUAUUUGAUUUCUCGUUUAGCGUUCGCCUUAUUAUUGCGAGAUGCCACCUCUUUGUACCUUAAUGUAACAGCAAUCGGGGCAAGGGACGGCUCCUCGACACUCGAAUGUUGGCAAAUGAACGUACCGUUCAAAACAUCCUCCGAGCCCGGAACAGCUGGAGGCCUUGUGACGACUCUGGGCAAUGUCUCAAAUGUGUCCUACUCUAUCCUCCCGCCCCAGUACGAUGGCGGCUUACACAAUGCGCCAUACGUACAGUGGGUUUAUUUCACUACUGGAUUGGCAUACAUUACGCUCCCCGAUGAUAAAGACACCAGCGCAUUUGUAAAUGGAGGUCAAUUUAGCCUCAUCUUCGUUGCCGAUACAGCGGCUGUCAGCCAAAGAGGACAUCAUACCCAAUACCCGGGUAUCACUGAGUCGAUUUCGCUCCUAAUUCCGACAAGCGAUGGAAAGGUGCCCGAACAUAAUGUGCUACACAUAGGUCCGUGUAAUUUUAACGAAGUUGCUGGAGUUCAUGAAGUCGCACUGGCUCAAAAGAAUCGGGACUGGUGUAUCAUGAGCUACGACUUUAGUAUUCAAGGCUUCAUCCUACUUUAG